AUGGAGUUUCUCGUCCGCUUCUCUCAGGCUCACGAGUCCUUUCGGCUCCCUGAACUCCAGGCUCUCGCCGAUUUGGAGGGCAUCGACAUGAAGGUUGUCGAGUACAGCCUAGAUUCCCCCUUCUGCAUCAUCACCCUCCCCUCAGUCGACCUCGCCCCCCGCCUCGUCGCCCGCUCCCUCCUAACCCAAUCCAUCCACCUCCUCCUCGCCUCAGCCCCAACCCACGACGGAGUCCACCCCAUCCUUAAAUCCCAACUCGCCUCCCCAUCACCCCAAUCCUUUGACUGGUCCGCCGUCAGCACCUCAACCUUCAAAUUCUCCUUAGACACAUACCAAUCCUCCCGCCCCCACGCCUCCUUCGUCUCCCUCAUAAACGCGUACAAAUACCUCCCCCUCCACGGCGCAAUCGACCUCAAGACCCCGGAGCUGCACCUCACAAUCUUUGAAGACUGGGACCUCCGCGGCACAGAGGGGCCGAAACGCGUCCACCUAGCCCGCUUCCUCGCCACCGGCGCACGCUCGCUGUCGCUGAAAUAUGACCUCAAGAAGCGGGGGUACAUCAGCACGACGUCAAUGGAUUCGGAGCUCGCGCUCGUGACGGCAAACCUCGCGCACGCGGCACCUGGAAAACUGUUCUACGACCCGUUCGUCGGGACGGGGUCGUUCCCCGUUGCGUGUGCGCAUUUUGGGGCGCUUGGGUUCGGGAGUGAUAUUGAUGGGAGGGCGAUUCGUGGGAGUGGAGGGGAGAAGAGCGUAAAGGGGAAUUUUGCGCAGUAUGGGCUCUUGGAGCGGGUGGGGGAGUUUUGGACGGCGGAUUUGACGAAUUCACCGGUACGGAGGGUGAGAUGGCUCGAUGGUAUCGUGUGUGAUCCGCCGUAUGGUGUGCGGGAGGGACUAAGGGUCUUGGGAUGCCGGGAUCCGGAGAAGACGCCGUGGGUUGUUGAGGCUGGGAAGCAGCGGUACAAGUCAGUGACCCCCUUUUCUACCUGUGUCUUUGCCUUCUUCACUUUCUCGUGCUGGAUACUGAUAAACGCCAGGUCGGGAGACUUCAUCGCCCCCAAGAAGCCCUACAGCUUCCUCGCCAUGCUCGACGACAUCCUUGAGUUCGCCUCCGAGACCCUCGUCGACGGCGGCCGCCUCUCCUUCUGGAUGCCAACCGCCAACGACGAGGACCAGGAGAUUCCGACACCGCAACACCCACGCCUCGACAUUGUCGUCACAUGUGUACAACCAUUCAACAAAUGCUACAGCAUCAUGCUUACUCCCAAGUAG